AGUAACUCUGGGCUCCAGCAAGAGGUUCUGGGACUCAAGCGCACCUCUAUGGCGAGGGCCUCAGAUUGGAGAACUGGGAGGACUCUCUAGGCACUCUGCACAUGCUCAGGGGCAUUUCUUGGCUCACCCUUUCGGCUGCCGCCCUUCGGAGUUGGGCUUGCGGCUCGGGUGGGGUUAAGCCUGUCCGUUUUUGGAGGCCGCCUAGACAGCUUGGAGAGGGCGAUGGGGUAAUGGGAUCUAAAUUUGCAUAUCAGCAAGAAUGUGGAGCAAAAAGAGUUUCUUGUGCCAGUGCUAGCAGCAACAGCAUCAGACUGAGACAUGUCUUAUCGAGGGAGUGAGCGAGACUUCCAAACCUCGGCACGGAGGAUGGGGACCUCUCUGCUUUUCCAGCUGUCGGUCCAUGAGAGAGAGCUAGACCUUGUCUUCCUGGACCACAGCUAUGCCAAGCCGUGGAGUGCCCACCCGGAUGCCAGCAAUGCCCGCCCCACUCGUCUGCUGUUUGUCACUCCAAGGAGACAACAAGAGAAUAGUACCAUUGAGGCAGAUGUUCCCAUCGAUGUGGAAACGGUAACACCCAUACCUGUGCCACUCUAUGACAACCAGAAAGCCCGCACUGUGAUGAAUGAGUGUGAGCGCCAUGUGAUCUUUGCCCGUACAGACACUGAUACGCCGCCACCCCCUGACGACUGGGAGGAGCACAUGAACAGAUCUGGCUGGACAAUAGCCCAGAACAAGCUGUUCAACAAAAUCCUCAAAGCCUUACAGUCUGACAGGCUGGCCCGGUUAGCCAAUGAAGGGGCUUGCAACGAGCCGGUGCUCAGGAGGAUAGCAGUGGACAAAUGUGCCCGGCGGGUCCGUCAGGCUUUAGCAAGCAUCAGUUGGGAUACCAAGCUGAUCCAGUGGCUUCACUCAACGCUCGUGGAGACCCUCAGCUUGCCUAUGUUGGCUGCUUACCUGGAUGCUUUGCAGACUCUUAAAGGAAAGAUUCCCAUCCUGAUCGAUCGGAUGCUGUUGUCUUCAACUGCAAAAACAGGAGCAGCAGGCGCUGAGGCCCUGUCCCUGUUGCUGAAGAGACCGUGGGAUCCGGCUGUUGGCGUCCUUUCCCAUAACAAACCAAGCAAGUUGCCUGGUUCCCCCCUCAUUCUGCUGGCAUCUUCUGGACCCUCCAAUUCAAUGUUCCCUACUUCUCGGCGGCAUCGGUUCUGGCAGUCGCAACUCUCUUGCUUGGGAAAGGUGAUCCCUGUUGCUACUCAUUUAAUGAAUAACGGCAGCGGUGUGGGAGUGUUGCAAUGCUUGGAGCACAUGAUUGGUGCUGCGAGAGGCAAAGUAAUGGAGAUCCACAACCAUUUCUCUCACAAGCCAGUCAUCCUCAUUGGCUGGAACACAGGAGCUCUGGUGGCCUGUCAUGUUUCAGUGAUGGAGGAUGUCACUGCAGUUGUGUGUCUUGGAUUUCCUCUCUUAACAGUGGAUGGGCCCAGAGGGGAUGUUGAUGACCCCCUUCUGGACAUGAAGACUCCAGUUCUCUUUGUGAUUGGUCAGAAUUCCCUCCAGUGCAACAGUGAAGCCAUGGAAGAUUUCCGAGAGAAGCUUCGAGCUGAGAACAGCCUAGUUGUGGUGGGAGGAGCCGAUGAUAAUCUGAGGAUAAGCAAAGCCAAAAAAAAGUCAGAAGGCCUUACCCAGAGCAUGGUGGACAGGUGCAUACAGGAUGAGAUAGCUGACUUCCUGACUGGAGUGCUGACCCGUGCAGACAGCCACUCAGGCUCUGACCCUCGGGAUCUAGAUGCUGAGAAAAAGAAGAAGUCGGCACGUGACUCAGCUAGACGGGAUCUGUCCUUUGACAUGCCAGAAAGAGGCAGCCAGCCGGCCUCUCCUGCAGCCAAGAUCCCGGCUUCACCUUCAGGGUCAGAGGAUCUCUCCAGUGUAUCCAGCAGCCCCGCCUCCAGCCCCAAGGCUAAGAUGGCCACCAUGUCAUCUGUCCAAAAAUCCAGUCAGAUUGGGGCUGCCCAGCAGCUGAAGAGGCCUGUGCAGCGGACAGAAGCAGCAGUGCUGACCCACAAGCAAUCUCAAGCUCAGUUUGCUGCAUUUCUGAAACAAAACAUGCUGGUGAGGAAAUCCCUUCCUCCUGGCACCUCUUCAUGCCUCUUUGUCUCUUCAGAGCAGCAGUCGGAGGUAGGGGAGAAAGAAGAUCUGCGAAUGCAGCUGAAGAGGCCCCAGGCCCCCAGUCCAACUCACGGCUGCAAAGCUAAGCGAGCCAAAAUCAAGGUGACGAUCGUCUCCCACGGGGAAGCUGCUGGCAUGGGAAAUGGAGCACCCUUGGAUGUACCACCGGAAAUAGCUGCAGGGAAACCUCUUGCUGUGACGUUGGGACAGUCUGCAUUGGGUGCAAAGGAGGUAACAGGUCUGCUUGCCACCUCAAAGCCAAGUUCUGCAGCAGACAGCCCCUCUGUAAGCCCCACCCCCUCGGCCGCCAUCCCGAGCAGCACAGCCCCAAGUGCUUUCCAUGCCCUGCAGAACAGGCUGGUGGCCAGCGGCGCACCUUGUAUGCAGGCCCAGCCCAGCAAUACUCUCCAAGGGGCAGCUUCCGCCAGUAGCCUCCUGCAGGGCUUGAGUUUCAGUCUGCAGGACAUUGGCACCAAGCCAGCGGCUCUUCCAGCAAAUGUUGCUACUGCAGGGACUUUGGCGCAGACCUCUGCCCUGAAGACCUCAGCACCACUCCAGAACCUGAGCACCAUCACCACUAGUACAGGCACCCUUGUUCGUACCAUCCCAGUUGCCACGACCUUAUCAUCUCUCGGAGCCUCGGCGAGUGGGAAGCCCACCACAAUUCACCAGCUGCUCACAAAUGGGGGGCUGGCAAAGCUUGCAAGCAGCCUUCCUGGCUUGGCCCAUAUCUCUGGUCAGGGGGCAGGCUUAAAGGCGCCAACCACCAUCACGGUGACCCUGCGGGGACAGGCCAGCCGAGUCACGACGCUCAGCCAGGCAGCCAUGGGAGCUGUCCAGCCCCAUCUGGAAGAGCAGCAGCAGCUGCUGUUAUCCCCACCGCAGCCACCCCAGGUUCCAGACAGUGCAGUUGGGAACUUGACCAGCACAGCUUCCAGCUCCACUCCUUCCAGCAAGCUCUUGCCUCAGGUGGAACUUGGCAAAGCUAAGGCUGGCAUGGAGAUGUCUCCUGACCCAGCAUCUCAACCAACCUCAGCAGCAGCACCACCAGCACUAUCCGUAGUGCCCAGUACAAGCCCCAUGAAGACGCUGUACGUGAUGUCUGAUGCCAAACUGUCUGCACUGACAAAAUCUGUCAUGGCCGAGGCAGCUUCUGUCCCCCUGAAGCCCACAGCUGUCCAAACUGCUGCCACAGCUUCCUCCAGCUCCACCUCAUCCCCUGUGGGAGCUGUGACCUUUGCCACCUCUACCCCGGUGAGCACAGCCUGCAGCCUGGUGCAUUCCAAAGUGGGACCUGUUUUGCAGUCAGCAUCCAAGACGGUAAUACUGACGUCCACGCUAACGGCCAUGAAGGCUGACCGAGCCCUGGGACAGAGGAUAGAGAAAGUUAAUCUGACCAAAAGCCAUGCGCUUGGGCCCGUGGAAACCCUGGGCAGGGUGCCUUCUGUCAUGGAUGACAGCAGUACCAUCAUCCACACCAGGGAGAGUCUGGCAAAUAGACACCUGCUUCCACAAGGCAUGUUACCCGCUGCAGCAGGCACCGCCCUUAUCACACUGGGCAAUAACUUAGCCAGCUCCUCCAUCAUAGCCACAGCCGGGCCGGCUCUCAACCAGAAGCCAUAGGAAGCAAGUUUAGCAGGCAGGGCUUACAUUUAACUCUUUUGGCCUUUGCUAGAAAAGCAGAAGUACCAUUCUCUCAUUCCUGUCCUCCAAGAUACUAGGACAUUUCGUGUUUUGUUCCUUUGUCACUUUUAAUAAACUUACUUUUUUUGUGUACAUAA